UACAUUGGUUGACAUUAAGCUAGUCAUGAUUUUCGUUUCUAUUUACCUGCCUAACCUUUAAGUUCAAAGCGUGUAAGGCUGUUGUGAAAUAGGUAUAUAGCAUGUAUUAUAUAGUAAUCCCAUGUUUUAUUGAAAAAAAUAUUAAACUGAUUCUGAACCUUUUUGUUUGUUAAUAAUGCAGUAUAGGAUGCGUCGAGAAACGGAAAACAGCUGUUGCGUUGCCGAGUGCAGCAGUGAAAGUGACAAUUCCCACAGACCUGAAAGCACCGUUAUAGUAACAGAGGAAGAGGAGGAAAGAGUUUCCGCGUUUGAAUUUACACAAAAACACAAGUCUUUCUCAUCAUGUCAACGUUGGGUAAAUGCUUCCUCGUUGCUCUCAUCUAUGCAACGUUAGCAGAAGAUUUUAAACUAAAACACCAACCAGCCUCUAAACCUGUGCGUUUGUUCACCGAGGAGGAGCUGACGAGAUACGACGGCAGUCAGGAGGAUGAGCCCAUUUAUAUGGCUGUGAAAGGAGUGGUAUUUGAUGUGACUACAGGGAAAGAAUUCUAUGGUAAAGAUGCUCCGUACAACGCUCUGGUUGGUAAAGACUCCACUCGAGCUGUGGCUAAAAUGUCUCUGGAUCCUGAGGACCUGACAUCAGAUACAACAGGUCUGACUGAUGAACAGCUGGAGUCUCUGGACAGUAUAUUUGAAGACACGUAUAAAACCAAGUAUCCUAUAGUGGGCUACACAGCCUCACGUAUCCUGAGCGCUGAUGGAAGUCCCAAUAAAGACUUCAAACCAGAGGAUCAGCCUCACUUUCAGAUCAGAGAUGAGUUUUAAUCUGAGCUCCUGUUGUUGCUUUUGUCCUGUUGUUUUUUUGUUCACAGUUUAUUCGUCUUUUUCAUGUUUCCUGUUUAUGUAGAAGUAGAAACAAAACCUUGUGCAAUGGCAAAAUGGACAAAAUACACGUUAAAGGUACUUCAAUUUAGUUUUUUUUUAACAAAGUUCAAUUAUAGUACAUGCUGUACAUGUAUACUGUAUAUGUAAAAUAAUUUUAUUUCCUAGGACGGGCGGGGUUUGUGAACAGAGCUGGUUAUUUGAUCUGGUUUCCACCGCAGUGAGAAUGUUCCGUUAAAAGACUGAAAACAAAUAAUGACCAAAAUGUAGACAGUCUCACAGUCCUUAAUAGAAGACGGACAAUAUUUACGUUUCCCUGCAAAUAUUUUAGCUUUCAUUUAUGAGGCUUUUUCAAAACUUUGGAUAAAAAUAUUUAAAUCCAUAAAUUCAUUUAAAUAUACUUUGUAACAGUUGACUUUAAUAAGAAUUUAUGUUUUAUUAAAUGAUCAGAUCUGCUGGUUUUAUAUCAUUUAAUGAAACAAUAACAAAUUAUGCUUUUUAUUUUGAAGCGCUACCGUGUGGUCAACAAUAAAACUGCAAGUUUUUUUUUUCCAAAAAUAUACAUUAUGGCUUCAACAAGAAGAAGUGUGUUUGUUACAUGACAUUAAUGACAUGUUAAUGAUUGUUUUUACACUGGUCAAUGUUGUGGUUUUCGUAUCAACUGUUCUGGCCUUCAGAGACCGCGUUGUCUAUAAUUAGGAUCUAUUAAAACACAAUCAUGAUGUGUUAAAGAGUGUUUACGAUCUGAACUUUCCUGCUUGUUUUCAACCUUGUUUUUUCAUUUGAG